AUGAGCCGGUGUUCGUGCGCCCCGUCGUGCAAUGCCCACUCGGAGGUCGAUUCAAAUAGACGUCAUUCCUCCACCGGCCAAUACCAGUUAAUUUGCACUGCCAUACCCCCUUUGCGGCUCACUAUCAUCGAGCGUGAGACUGUCGUCUCUGAUACCACCGCCGCCCAUUCCGGCCUACGGAAACCGCCUCACGUUGUGUCAGGCUUCUUCCGGCGAUGCUAG